UGCAGUUGUGUAUGGCUAUGCAUAAAGGUAACGCAAUUGUGUAUAGCGAUGCAAAGGCGGAUGUUGGACAUCACACAGAAAGAUUUGGCGGUGCUGGCACCCGCAGGCAUCUUAGAACACCAGGCACUCGACUUAGGAGAAGACGACCAAGACAGCACCAAUAGACAGCCUGUGGACAGAAGAUAUUCACUGACAACACUGGAACAGCCCGUGACAGCCACAGCCACAGCCACAGCCACAGUAGCUGCAAAGGCCAGCAGAAACAAAAGCGCCAGUGACAUGCUAACCAACAGGUGA